UCUUCCUCCGACUUCUUCCAUCGAUCUGAGCCCGAAAUUCAGAGGCUUGGUUUUUUGGAAUUAUGGCGACUGCUACCAUCGAAGACCUCCACCCGGACAUGCUCGCCGGCGCUCUCCGUCUUCUCGACGGGCCUGACCUCGCCUCCCUUAGCUGCGCCACCUCUCGCUUUCGGUCCCUUGUGGGAGAACCUGACCUCUGGCGCGACCUCUGCCUCUCCUCUUGGCCCUCCCUCCGGCACCCGCGCCUCAUCCGGCUUCUGGAAUCCUCGCACCGCUCCUUCUUCGCCGACGUGUUCGCUUCCCCUGUUUGUACGCUCCCUAGCUUCCCCUGCGACAGCGAUGAGGAAGCCAGCCUUCCGUCGGAGCUCAUCUCCGCUGUCGAACUCCGCCAUCGCAACUCUGUUAUUUUAUCCCUGGUCGCGGAGACCGACACGUCGACGUCGUGGUUCAGGGCCGCGCCGUUUCGCCUCGACGCCGAGGUGGAGAGGAAGGACGACGGGGGUUCCUUCUUUUUCUCGCCGGAGGAGCUGACGCUGAGCUGGAUCGUCAUCGACCCGCAGAGUAGACGGGCGGUUAGCGCGACGAGCCGGCGGCCGGUGGCGGUCAACCGGCACUGGAUCACCGGCGAGACGGUGCUGCGGUUCGCGUUGGUGCUUAGCGAUGAGUGCGCCGUCGGGGCGGUGGUUAAAUGCGGAGAGGAAUCAGGGGAAGUGCGGGAGAUAAACCUGGUGGCGGAAGGCGUGGAAGGGGCGUGCUUGAGCGGGAGGGAGGGCCUGGCGGUGCUCCGGUCGGCGAUGGAGGGCGGUAGGCAGAGAUGGAAAGAGGAAGAGGAGGACGCGAGGAGGAGGUGGGAGGAAUUCGAAGGGCGCAGACAGAAGAGGAAGGAGACGGCGGCGAGGAUGGAGAGGUUGGUGGACCUGGCCUUCGCUGCCGUGGGCGCCGCGGCGUUCCUGGCCCUCUUCGCCUUCGUCGUCGUGAGGUAGCAACCGUUGGAUCAGUCCCGGUCCGCCUGAACCGGAGAGAACGGCGAUCUUUCUCUAUAUAUAUUUUUUGUAUUUUUUUAUACAAAUAAAAUUCAAAAUAGUACAGCAAUAAUAAUUAUAUUUGCACAUGAAUAAAUUAAAUAAAGUGUAUAUAGUGACUUGAAAUGGUCCAUUAUUCUUUGGGCCCACCAAGCCCAUGUGGGUUUUGGUGAUCCAUCAUUUGUUUGGAGAUUUAUGACUGUUACCAUCAUGUAGCUGAAUGAUACAGGGCUUCAUUGUGCAGAUUGCCUUCAGGGUUGAUGACACUCAGGGAUUCCUAAAACGGAGCACUCAGAUACUUUGAGUUUAUAAAUUCAGUGUAUCCAAAGUAUCAUUGGUUAGUUUGAUAAGUUUUUAAUAAAUAAUUAUUGAAGA